CUCGCGGUAUCAUCUCUUCUUCCGAGUAUCCUUCCAUACAUCCUGCAUCAUCCACGACAACCGUACAGCAUACGGCCGAGAAGAACCUGAAGAAAAUCCUGCACCAUGUUCUCUCUCCAGGAUCAACCGUUGGCAUACUACCUCUUCGGAGACCAGUCCCUCGAUACUCACGCUUUCCUCGCGAGCCUCUUCCGCAAACCAAAGAAAGGCACUCUCGCAAAAGCCUACUUGGACCAGGUUGGCUACGCCAUCCGACGCGAGAUAGAACAGCUUCCCAGGACAGAACGUUCGAAACUACCCGAGUUCCUCAAUUUACAGCAACUCAAUGAGAGAUACCACGCACAGCAGAUCAAGCACCCUGGCAUCGACGGUGCCCUUUUGUGCAUAUCACAAUUGGUUCAUUACAUAGAUCAUAUCGAGAGUAAUCACGAUGACCUCGCCAGACCGGAGAAUACAUGCCUUGUCGGCCUAUGCUCCGGGCUCUUCGCAGCCAGCGCAAUCGCCUGCACAAAAUCGUUGUCAGAGUUGGUACCACUUGCCGUUCAAGUGACCCUCAUGUCAUUCAGAGUUGGAAGGCACGUGUAUAAGGUUGCCGAGCAGAUUUACCCAACGGUCGAAAAAUCCGAGAGCUGGACAUAUAUCUUCACGAAUAUUUCCGAAAGCGCUGCCGGUCCGGUCGUUCAGGAUUUCAAUAAGAAAACCGGUUGGAACCGCGGCAACCGCCUAUAUUUGAGUGCAAGCUCAUCACAAAGCGUCGCCAUUUCCGGUCCUCCUUCUUCUCUCAAGGCUUUCGCAAGUGGGCACAACUUUGGCGAAAAGACCAACGUAACCUCGAUUCCCGUCUACGGACCUUAUCAUGCACCACACCUUCACGAUGCUGCCUUGAUCGACGAGAUCUUGCGUCUGGAUGACGAGGCGGUCAUUGACGCGCUGCACAGAACGAAGCCGAGAUCCCAUGUCAUGUCGUGUUUUUCCGGUGAAUGGGUCACCGAGAAGCAAGUCACCACCGCGUCCUUGCUGAAGCAAAUUGUGCACGAGGUUUUGCUGGAGCCCUUGAGGUUUACCAAGGUGCUUGACGGAUGUAUCGCAAGGGGAAAGAGCUUCAAGGGAAAGAACUGCCUCAUCCUUCCGCUUGGUCCUACUCAGAACGGCGCAACUCUCGUUGGGCUGAUCAAAGCCCACACCAACCUGGAUGUCACGUUCCGGGACAAUCCGCCCAUCUCCCCUGAAGCAUUUGCUUCUAGAAUUGGCAACCAUGGGUCCAGUGGCAAGUGCCAGCUCGCCAUUGUUGGCAUGGCUGGUAGAUUUCCCGAUGCCGCCAAUCAUGAAAAGCUCUGGGAACUCCUUGAAAAGGGACUCGACGUCCACCGUGUUGUGCCCCCGGACAGGUUCGAUGUCAAGACACACUAUGACCCUACGGGCAAGGCUAUCAACACCAGCCAUACUCCCUAUGGCUGCUGGAUCGAGCAACCGGGCUUGUUCGAUCCGCGGUUCUUCAACAUGUCACCCCGUGAGGCCUUCCAAACCGACCCUAUGCAGAGAAUGGCUUUGACAACAGCCUACGAAGCGCUGGAGAUGUCUGGAUACGUCCCCAACCGAACGCCCUCUACCAGACUGGAUCGCAUCGGUACCUUCUACGGACAGACAUCAGACGAUUGGCGUGAGAUCAACGCGGCCCAGGAGGUCGACACCUACUUCAUCACAGGUGGUGUCCGCGCCUUUGGUCCUGGUCGUAUCAAUUACCACUUCGGCUUCAGUGGCCCUAGUCUCAACAUUGAUACUGCCUGUUCUUCCAGCGCUGCAGCGCUUCAGGUUGCCUGUACUGCUCUCUGGGCUCGCGAUUGCGACACCGCUAUUGUGGGCGGCUUGUCUUGCAUGACCAACCCAGACAUUUUUUCCGGUCUGAGCAGAGGUCAGUUCUUGUCGAAGAAGGGGCCUUGCGCAACCUUCGAUAAUGAGGCCGAUGGCUACUGCCGUGGUGAUAGCUGCGCUUCGGUUGUCAUCAAGCGAUUGGAAGAUGCUCAGGCCGAUAACGACAGAGUUCUCGCCGUUGUUCUCGGCACCGCCACCAAUCACUCAGCCGACGCUAUCUCAAUCACUCAUCCCCACGGGCCAACUCAGUCCACGCUUUCACAAGCUAUCUUGGACGACGCUGGUGUGGAUCCUCAUGAUGUUGACUACGUGGAGAUGCACGGGACGGGUACUCAAGCAGGAGACGGCACCGAAAUGGUGUCUGUUACCAAUGUCUUUGCGCCAGCGCAGCGUAAGAGGCCCGAGGACAGGCCUCUCUAUCUUGGUGCUAUCAAGGCUAACGUCGGCCACGGUGAGGCGGCUUCUGGAAUUACUGCCCUUUGCAAGGUGCUCCUGAUGCUUCACAAGAACGCCAUCCCUCCCCAUGUCGGUAUCAAGAAAGGGUCAAUUAUCAACAAGACCUUCCCCAAGGACUUGUCUGAGCGCAACGUCAACAUCGCCUUCCAUCUGACCCCAUUCAGGCGCAGAGAUGGCAAGCCCAGACGUGUCUUCAUCAACAACUUCAGUGCCGCUGGUGGUAAUACUGGCAUUCUUGUUGAGGAUGCUCCCAAGACCGCACCAACUUUGCCCGAUCCACGCAGCCACCAGCUCGUCACCGUCACUGGAAAGUCGAAGGCUGCCAUGAUUCGGAACGCGGAAAAUCUUGCCAAGUGGAUGAACAAGCAUACGGAUGCGUCGCUCGCGGACAUUUCUUACUCCACAACCGCCCGCAAGAUCCAGCACUACUGGCGCAUGAGCGUCACCGCUUCGAGCGUGAGUGAAGCGCAGAGUGCCAUCCUGAAUCGCCUCAAGGAGAACUUUGUGCCUGUAACCCCUGAGCAGCCAAAGGUUGCUUUCUUAUUUACAGGCCAAGGCUCGCAGUACACCGGCAUGGGCAAGGAGCUGUACGAGAACUACUCCAUUUUCCGGGAGAGCCUCCAUGAGUUUGACCGUCUUGCUCGCCUUCACGGUUUCGAGUCUUUCCUUCCCUUGAUUGACGGUACUACCAAGGACGUCGCCGAGUUGUCACCGAUCAUCACACAGAUCGGUCUUUGCUGCUUUGAGAUGGCACUUGCAAAGCUUUGGGAGUCAUGGGGCAUUAAGCCAGCCGUGGUCAUGGGCCACAGUCUCGGAGAGUAUGCCGCGCUCAACGUUGCCGGCGUCCUCAGUGCCAGCGACACUAUCUACCUUGUCGGCACUCGUGCGAGUCUUCUGGUUGAGAAGUGCACGAUGAACAGCCACGCCAUGCUCGCCGUUCAAGCUCCAGUCGAAGAGGUCGAAAAGGCGUUGGGUAGCAAGGCUACCAGCGUGAACGUUGCCUGUAUCAAUAGCAACCGUGAGACGGUACUCAGUGGGCCAACCGAUGUCAUCACGAAACUGGAGGAGGAGCUCAAUGCCGCCGGCCACAAGGCCAAGAGAUUGCUCGUUCCGUACGCGUUCCACUCUGCUCAAGUCGACGCCAUUCUGGACGACUUCGAAAACCUUGCCUCUGCAGUCAUUUUCGAGCGCAUCAAGAUUCCUAUUAUUUCUCCGCUUCACGCUGAAGUUUUGGGUGAAGACGACAGGGUGGACGCUAGUUACCUCCGCCACCACGCCCGAGAGGCUGUCAACUUCCAAGGUGGACUCUUCAGAGCCCAGGAAAAAAACACGAUCGACGAGAAGACCGUGUGGCUCGAGAUUGGCCCCCACGCAAUCACCGUGGGCAUGGUCAAAGCUGCCUUUGGUGCUACGACCAUUGCCGCGCCCACCCUCCGCCGUACUGACCAUCCUCAGCCCUUCAAGACUCUCACUGCUACUCUUAGCACGCUGCACUCUGCUGGAUUGAACAUCGACUUCAGCGAGUAUCACCGCGACUUCCUCCAGUGUGUCCGCCUCCUCGAUCUGCCCAGUUAUUCCUUCGACGAAAAGAACUACUGGCUUCAGUACACGGGUGACUGGUGUCUCACCAAGAACCGUAUCACAAACCAGGGUGGAGCGAAGCAGAUCGGGUCCAGCAAGCCGCAACUGUCUACCACCACAGUUCAGCGAGUCAUCAGAGAGGAGGUCAAGGAUGAUGUGGCAAUUGUUGAGAUUGAAUCUGAGCUUCACGAAGAGAAUCUCAAGAAGGUGGUGUCAGGUCACUUGGUCAAUGGUGCGCCGCUUUGCCCAUCAUCGCUGUAUGGCGAUAUGGCCAUGACGGUGGCCGACUAUGCCUACAAGCUCCUGCGUCCCGAGACCGAGAAGAUUGGGUGCAACGUCGCAAAGAUGGAAGUCCCGAAGACACUCAUCUUCAAUGACACGGCCAAGAGCCACAUCUUGAGACUCACAGUCACGGCUAACGCCCAGGCUGGAUACGCUGACCUUGUGUUCACCACUGGGGAUGGACCGAAGAGGACCGAACACGCCACAUGCAAGGUUUACUAUGGCGACCUCGAGGACUGGCAACAGGAGUUCGACAAGAUGGCCUACUUGAUCAAGACCCGCAUUGACUCCCUCAAGCAACAAGAGCAGCGGGGAGAGGCUUCCAAGAUUGGCCGCGGUCUUGCGUACAAGCUCUUUGGUGCCCUGGUUGAUUACAACCGUCGUUACCAGGGCAUGGAGGAGGUCAUCCUGGACAGCGACUCCUGUGAAGCCACUGCGAAGAUCCGCUUCCAGACCACGGAGAAUGAUGGCAAGUUCUACUUCAACCCCUACAACAUCGACAGCUUGUGCCACAUCUCCGGGUUCAUCAUCAACGGCACCGAUGCUGUGGAUUCUCGGGAGCAGGUCUUCAUUUCUCAUGGCUGGGGCUCAAUGAGGUUCACCGAGAUCCCUGAUCUCAAGAAGGAAUACCGCAGUUACAUCCGCAUGCAACCCGUCAAGGGAAGCAAGAUGUUCUCUGGUGAUGCCUACGUCUUUGAUGGGGAAAGGGUGAUAGGUAUUGCCGGUGACAUCAGGUUCGCUGCCAUUCCUCGCAAGGUUCUCAACAUGCUGCUUCCUCCCCGUGGGGCCGCCGCUGCUGCUAUGGGAACUGCUGCGCCGGCUCCGGCUCGCGCUGCACCCCCUCCCGCUCCAGCUGCCAAAUCCGCACCGGCUUCCAAGAAGAAGAAGAAGGAGACUGUCACACCCGACAACAUCGGCAAGAUCAACCAGAAGCUCAAGGGUGGAGUGGUCGCACAGGUCCUGGACAUUCUUGCCAGGGAGGUGGGCUGCAGCCAUGAUGAGCUUGCCGACAACAUUGCCUUCACCGAUCUGGGUGUUGACUCUCUCAUGUCCUUGACCGUGUCCGGCAAGAUUCGCGAGGAACUUGACCUGGAUAUUCCCUCUGGUGCCUUUGUCGACUACCCGACCAUUGGUGCGCUCAAGGGUCACCUUGCCCAGUAUGACAAGGCUGGCGCCAACGAGCCCAUCUCGUCCAGCGCGUCCGAUGACUCGUCCGAUGACGAAUCCCCAGAGCUUGGAUCCGAGUCUAAUGUCACUACUCCCCUUGAUGAGAGCGAAGCUAACUCGGUCAAGGGUGAGGGUCCUACUCGAAUUGAGUCCGGAGGAGGAGAGAAGAACAGCAACGAGUUCCAGGGCCUUGUCCGGAACACCAUCUCGCAAGAAAUGGGCGUUGACAUUGAAGAGAUUCAAGCUGCCCCUGAUCUAGCAAGCCUUGGCAUGGACUCGCUCAUGAGUUUGGCUAUUCUUGGUACCUUGCGCGAGAAGAUGAACAUGGACAUCUCGUCCGAUCUCUUCGUGACCAACCCUUCCUUGAAGGACGUCGAGCGUGCUCUUGGUAUCAGUGACGCUCCCAAGAAGGCUGCUCCGAAACAAGCCCCUAAGCCGGCCAAGUCCAAGAAUCAGGAGACUGCGCCUACGCCAAAGUCCAAGAAUCAGGAGACUGCGCCUACGCCCAAUUCAUCUUCCAACACAUCGAGUGCCAAGAAGGAGCACCCGAGAAUUGGUCUCGAAGAACCCUGCCCCCCAAAGCCUCCGCGUCCCACUAGAAUUGUCGACGACUACCCAAACCGCAAAGCAACCUCCACCCUACUGUCUGGAAGUCUAAAGACUGCGACCAAGCAGCUCUUUAUGGUCCCCGACGGCAGUGGUAGCGCCACCUCCUACACCGAGAUUUCCAAUGUCGGCGGUCAGUGGGCUGUCUGGGGUCUUUUCUCUCCCUUCAUGAGGACUCCGGAUGAAUACAACUGCGGCGUCUACGGCAUGGCUUCCAAGUUUAUCGAGGAGAUGAAGCGGCGUCAGCCCAAGGGCCCAUACUCCCUUGCUGGCUGGAGCGCGGGUGGUGUCAUUGCCUACGAAAUCGUCAGUCAGCUCGUCAAGGCCGGCGACGAGGUCGAGAAUCUCAUCAUCAUCGAUGCUCCAUGCCCUGUCACCAUCGAACCUCUCCCUCAGGGUCUGCACGCUUGGUUUGCCUCCAUCGGCCUUCUUGGUGAGGGCGGCGACCAGAAGAAGAUCCCCGAGUGGCUCCUGCCACACUUCGCUGCCUCCGUUACGGCCCUGAGCAACUACGACGCAGAGCCCAUUCCCAAGGAAAAGUGCCCGAAGGUGACAGCUAUCUGGUGCGAGGACGGCGUCUGCAAGCUCCCGACCGAUCCGCGCCCCGAGCCUUAUCCCAAGGGCCAUGCCCUGUUCCUGUUGGAUAACAGAAGCGAUUUCGGACCCAACAGGUGGGAUGAGUACCUGGAUGUCAAGAAGAUGACCUUCAGGCACAUGCCUGGCAACCACUUCUCUAUGAUGAAGGAUGACCUGGCCAAGCAACUCGGUUCAUUCAUCCGGGAGGCUCUAACAUGAUCAUCGGGUAUUAGGGCCAUAAAGCGCAAGCG